UGAAAGUGAUUAGAGGCGCGACGUAUUAUUGUUAUUGCGUGGAAAUGCGGCUGGUAAACGGGUCUUAUAAAUGCAGAUAAGCAAGUCGAUGCACAUGGCAUGGUGUUGUGAAACGAAUACGCCAUAUCGCAGCUUGCUCAGUAUAGUUUUUUGGAAGUUUAAUGAAUUAGGCCUGGCGAAUUGUGUUAAAAUUUGUCUUGUUACGAUGACAUCAUCCACGCCGUGUUUUUAAUUCGUUCCUCUCCGUUCCAUCUGUUUUGUUUUGGUGCUUGCGUACAUUUAGAAAUAUCUUGGCCCACACAACGACGGCGACUACAAGUAUCUCUGAAAAAACAAGCUCUCGAGCGAUUGGAAUACACCGAAGAAAAAUCAAUAGGAGAACCGAAUCUCACCGCUAGGACAAGAUGGUCUUUGAGGCGGUGGUGACGGAUGUGCUGAACAAGGUCCUGGGCGACUACAUCGAGAACUUGGAUCGGAAGCAGCUGAAAAUCGGCAUUUGGGGAGGCGAUGUGGUCUUGCAGAACCUCAAGAUACGCGAGAAUGCCCUGGACGAGAUGGACCUGCCCGUGCAGCUUAUCUACGGCUACCUGGGAAAACUUGUGCUCAAGAUCCCGUGGAAGAAUCUGUACAGCCAACCGGUAAUUGUCAACAUAGAAGACCUCUACGUCCUGGUAUCACCCAACAACAAUGUUCGGUACAAUGCCGAGAAGGAGGCCAAGUAUGAGAUGGAUCUCAAGAAGGCGGCAAUGGCUGCUCUGGAGGCAGCUCGCAAAAAGGAGCUGGAAAAGGAUCUGCCCAAGCCCGAUGCUGGCUUUACCGAGAAGCUAACGGCCCAGAUCGUGAACAAUCUGCAGGUGCAGAUCACCAACGUACACUUGCGGUACGAGGACACCACCACGACGGGAAGUCCCUUCUCCUUUGGCAUAUCGCUGCACGAGCUGGAGCUCUAUACAACAGAUUGCGAUUGGGAGAAGACCUAUAUGGCUCAGCAGGCGUUGCAGGUCUUCAAAAUGGCGAAUCUCUCCUGCCUAUCCGCCUACAUGAACUGCGGUGGACAACUUUACGCCAAGGAUAAGACCCAGCUUACCGAAUAUUUCCAGGAAAACAUUGCUCGGAAGGAUUCAAAGCCAGCCGACUACCACUACGUCCUGGGUCCCAUCUCUUGCAAUGCCAAGCUGAAGCUAAACAUGAAUCCUGAGCUGGAUGAGCCCGCUUUCGAUAAACCAAAAAUCGAUCUAACCCUUGAGAUGGAAAAGUUGAACGUGGGCCUGACUAACACACAGUUUGAUAAUAUCAUAAAGCUGGGAGACGCAAUGAAUCGUCAACAGUUGGGCCUACCCUACCGCAAAUAUCGCCCGCAUAACCUACCCGUCAAGGGACAUGCCAAGGAAUGGUGGAAAUUUGCAAUAACAGCUGUUCUGGAAGAGGAUAUUAGGAGGCCCAAUAGGAGUUGGACUUGGAAACACAUCAAGGAGCAUCGCGAUCGCUGUCGCAGUUAUGCGCAGAAAUACAAAGAACACUCCUUGAGCAAAAAACCGCCUGCAGUGCUGGUUGAAACCUGCAAUUUGCUGGAGCAGGAACUGGACAUAGUCAACCUGCUGCUGAUACGGCAGCGAGUCAACAUCGAGAUUGAGAAGCAGCGUGAGGCAGUACCCGAGCAGAAGGCGGGAUGGUUCAGCGGCUGGGGCUGGGGUGGCGGAGCCAAGAAGGAGGAUCAGACGGAAGGACAGAAGUUGGUGGAAAAGUUCGAAGCAGCCAUGACGAGCGAGGAGAAGGCGAAAAUGUACAGGGCAAUUGGUUACCAAGAGAACGUGAAGCCCACGGAUCUUCCUGAGAGUUACGAGGCCAUCAAGAUGAACUUUAAACUGAUCGCUCUGGAAGUGGGCCUGUACAAAGAGGAGAACAGGGGAAAUGAGAAGAUUAGAGACUACCAAGAGCUGCCAUCGCUGGUCCUUCUAAAGUUCUCGAUGGCCACAGCAUCGCUCUCCCAGCGACCGGCUGCGGAAGCCGUUAGCAUUACCGCCGGCAUGAGGGAGCUUAAGGUGACGGGACUCAAGUCCGAAGAGAACACUCCCCUGUUAAUAGAGUCCAAGAUCACCGACGAGUUCAACUUGUUGGAUGUGUUCUUUGAGACAAAUCCCCUUGACAAGAAGUGCGACCAGCGUGUGAAGAUGGUGGCACGUCCGCUACAGAUCGUAUACGGCCCCACCGUAAUGGCCCUAAUCGCCGCCUUCAAAAGGCCGGAAGAUGUGACCCUCUCCCGCUUUGAGGAUGCGGCCAGCAUACACAUUUCCAGCUUCAAGGAGCGAUCGGCCACAGGGAUGCAGUAUAUGAUUGACAAGAAAUCGGUGCUGGACGUGGACAUCUUGCUCAUGCCAAAUAUUCUGAUCGUGCCCCACAACGGAGUAUACAAAGAGGGCGAGACUUCGCUUCUGGUUGUGAGCAUGGGCCAGGUGCAGCUGUCCAGCACCCCGCGCAACGACACAUCAAAUCUCAACCACUUGCUUUCGGCCGGCGGAGAGAAGGUCGACAUUCUAAAGGCGGUGAUGGCCAACGCCUAUGACAGGUUCACUGUUAAGGUGGCAGAUGUUCAGAUGCUAGUUGUCCAGGCUGGAGAGCCGUGGCAGACGGUUCUAAAACAAGCCGAAUCCACGGAUAUGCAUGUACUGCGACCUGUCUCUUUAAAAAUAACUGCCGCACUUUGUGUGAUCGAUAACGAUCCGCGGCUGCCUAAGAUCAAGGUGGACAUUGAUCUACCGUCGGUGCUGGUAAACGUCUCGGAGGAUCGCGUAAUUCUUGCCAUUAAAGUGGCCAUGAGCAUACCUUUGCCGGAUCAACAACAACCCCAGUCAGGGUUGGGGAACACUCGGACUGGUUCACGCAGCUCGAUGUCUAUAUCAACCUUUUUAAACAAGGAGGUGAAAAAGAUAAACGCCGGGCAGUCAGGCACUCCUGCGGUGCCCUAUCAUGAGAUCACACAGUACACAAAUUUGGACGUUAACUUCUCCCUGGGAGAGAUAAAUUUCGUUCUCUUCCAGUCUAGCAGGUGGAGCGAGACCAGCGCCCAUUUUUCAGUCCAGUAUGUCGAUCCCUCCGGCACGCGCUCUCCUGCCGUAAUGGCACAUCAACCGCAGAUCCUCGAAGAAGAGCGUCUGCCGACAUCGCCAGCACAGCAGAUUCUCUCCAUUGACCUUCGGCGACUCGAGGCCCAUUUCGCAGCGAGAACCUAUGAGUCUGUGGCGGCCAUCAAGCUGGGAGAUAUCAACCUGCGCCAGUACGGCUGCCCGGACAUAGAUACGUUGGAUGUGAUUUUCACGCCCAAAUUAGUGAAUAGCUCAAACUAUCUGUUCACCGUCUCCUGUACACUGGCAGACAAGACGUCCCCGGAGUUCAGCACCAAGUAUAAUUCCACAGAACAGCUGAUCGUGGCCAACUUCGAGAUACUGCAGAUUGUGCUGCACCAAGAGUGUCUGCGGAAGCUCAUGGAAGUUGCGAAUAAUUUCCAAAACAACCUGGAUUUCGUGCUGUCCAGCAACACGCAAAAGGAUAGGGCCAGUUUUGCUGGGGGCGGCGAUGGCAUCCGGCACAAGCUGAACGUUAUCCUGGAGGACACUGAGCAGGCAAUGACCACCAAUCAGAUGAAGCGCCGUAAGAAACAGCGAUAUGGCGUCGUGGAGAGUGUAAAGGUUCGCAUGAUAGCGAAUCUGGACCAAGUGGGAUUAAAGCUCACAGCUCAGAAUCGAGACUUGACCGAGUUGAACGUGAGUAAAUUCGUAUGCAGUCUGAUCAUGAAGAGUUCCUACACAGAGGUCAACAUUGGCCUCAAGGAUAUAACGGUUGUGGACCUAAAUCCGAAUACCAUACACAGGAAUAUCCUCACUAUUGUGGGCACGGACGCCUUCAAUUGCCAAGUCGUGCUCUUCAACAAGUUGGAGACCCUCGACUAUAACUCGGACGAUAUGAAAAUCACUGUGGACAUUGGAUGCUUGAGAAUUAUCUACCUUAAUUGGUUCGUUGCAGGUGUCUUGGAUUUCCUAAACCACUUUUCAGCAGCGCAGGCGACCAUAUCGCAGGCCAGCGCUGCUGCGGCAGAAACUGCCCGCCAGAAGGCCAUGAAUGCCUACGAAACGGCCACGCGCAUGAAGCUUAAUGUUCGCAUUAAGGCGCCCAUUAUUAUAGUACCUACAAGUUCUCGGUCCUUGAAUGCACUGGCGCUCGACUUGGGAUUGCUGGAGCUAACAAACAAUACAGUGGAGAUAGCGGUGGCCAACGAAGAAAGACUGGCAGUCAUCGAUGAAAUUAAGCUGCUCAUAUGUGAUGUAAAGUUAUCCAAGGUGACCAUAAUUGAUGGCCAUGAAAGCAUGGUCGAUGAAAUUGACUCUGUGGUAGGCUAUAUGUCUAAAUCAAACAUGAUGAAUCCCAUGAACUGCACCCUAUUGGUCACACGAAAUCUGUCCUUCUCCUGGUACAAAGAUGUGCCCGAGCUUAGUCUCUCGGGUCGUCUCAAGUCCAUUGAGCUCACUCUGAUGGCGGAUGAUUUUGCCUUGGUGAUGCUGGUUAUGAAUCACAAUCUAACCGAGGGCUUGGAUGAGUUUCCCCCCAGUGAAGAUGCUCCGCCCGAGGCGAAACCCAAGACACCGGAAAGACGGCUAUCACGUGUGGAUCGCCAAGCUCGCUCCUCGCUUUAUCCAACCAAAGAAAAGAUUGUCGAGGCCAUCAAGUUUAACUUCCAGUUUGAUGGCGUGGUCAUAGACCUAAUGGAGAGUGAGGACGAAGGACUGGCUCGGUUCGGUAUUUUUUUCCUAGCGAUCAAGGGCACCAAGCUGGACAAUGGAACCCUGAGUACCUCUGUGGUCCUGUGUAAUAUUCAGGUGGACGAUACGCGCAAGAACUCAAAAACUCAGAUCCGGCAGUAUCUAAGCCGCAAGGAUUGGGUUGAACCACGGCUGGGAACGGAACAGAUUAUUGACUCCUGCUACACAGAACGCAACUUCAUGGUCGAUAUGACGGCCAUUAUCAAGGAGAACGACACCUUUGCUGAGAUCCGUGUGCGCGGCUUUGACUUGAUCGUCUGCAUCGACUUUCUGCUCAGACUUUCAGCCUUCUUUACUUUGCCUGUCGACGAUCCACCGCCUGCAACAAGCGACAAAAAACCUCAAUCAAUGACGGCAACGGUGCAAGAGGCCCACAAAUCCAUACGCCAAUCCACCGCAGAUGUAGCAAAAAAUGAGUCUAUUGUUUUUCCAAAUGUGGCCAAGAAAGUCAACCUUAUUCUCCAUAUUGACGAGCCUGACAUCAUAUUGGUGGAGAAUCUGGAGUAUCUAAACACCAGUUGCAUAAUUUUUAAUGCUCAAGCUCAUCUGAAUUUCCGCGCCAUAAACGAGAAGCAGAUCAUCAACGGACAAAUCGACGCUCUCAAAAUGUACAUGUGCGCCUUUCUGCCAGAGCGUCGCGAGAUGACACGCCACUACAUUCUCCAUCCGUGCGUGAUUAGCCUGCAGGGCUCCACACCCGAGGAGGAGGGCAUGCACAUCAGCCUGAAGCUGAGCGACAUCAUCAUCAAUGUGUCUCCGGCCACCAUUGAGCUGCUCAACAAGGCGAUGGUAAGCAUAACCACUGGGAAAGUGGUCAGCCAAGCCGUUGCCGAGGACGCGCGCGACCAUUCGAAUCUGUGGAAGCAGCAUCGCUUCAGCAGCCGCAAUUUCUGGUUUACACGGGUAGAGCAGGGUGUCGAGGCCCUGGAGUACCAAAGGAAUGUUGCUCAAGCGACAAAAACUGAGAAAUGCGUGAUCGAAAUGCCCAGUAUUACGCUUGUCAUCGAGUCCGGCGUUGGCUACUAUACCAAGCCCCUUAUUUCGCUUGAUACCCGCAUUACGGCCGUAUUUAACAAUUGGAGCCGCAAUCUCACUGCCCAGGGCUCCCUGACUGUGAACAUGAACUAUUACAACCAAACCCUGGCCGAGUGGGAGCCGAUCAUCGAGCUGAACGAGGUGGUGGGCCGCAAUGGAGUUCGCGAGUAUACGCCGUGGGAACUGAAGUUUGAAAUGGGCAUGGAGAAGGUGGUGAAUGAAGCGGAUGAAGACGACGAGCAGCAGGCCAUGUACAUGAAUAUUAACUCGAAAGAGACGCUUGAGAUAACGCUGAGCAAGACCUGUCUGGGCCUGCUUAGCGAACUAGCUGAAGCCUUCUCGCAGGCCAUCGAUGAGAAGGGUCUGACCAAGCCGACUAUCGUGGCGCCUUACGUGCUGGAGAACGAUACAGGCUUUGACGUCAACCUGGACCUGAGUAAGGGCAUCUUUACGCUGCACGAGGUACAUUGCAAUGUUACCUCGAUGCGCAGUAGCACCCUUCUCUUAUCGAACUGUACUGCCGACGUUGACCCCAUUGCAAUAAAGAACUGCACCAUUUCGGCGGGCGGGCGAGCCUACCUACAGACCAAGGAUCUGAGCACGUUGUCCGACGAGGAUGCUGAGGACUAUACCCUUUAUGUGACGAUUGGGGACAUAGGCAAGGAGAUCGCACUGCCGGUGUCAAAAUCAGAUACCAGAUACUUUAAUCUAAUGCAUAGCUCGACGCACGAACCGUGGGGAAUUGUUUCCGAGGUGAAGCAGGAGUACGGCACCACUAAAAUCAACAUCCAUGGUAUCGUCAGUGUACACAAUCAUUUCACGUGUAACAUAAACAUCUUUCGACGCAACACGAAUCCCACCGCGACGAACUUUGACGACAUCUUUGUAGGACGAGCUAAGAUGGGAGAAGUGUUCCAUGUACCGCUGCACGCUAUAUAUGCAGACUCCAAGGAAUUGUAUUUCUGCAUGCGCGGCUACAGGACCUCGGUGCAGGGCAUUGCCUGGAACUCGAAUCCAUCGGACUUUAAUUAUCACCAUCAGCUACACUGCAAUCCGAUCAAGACGUUCGAGCCCCUAUACAUCAACGCUCGGCGAAAAAAGACGGAAAUCUACAACGAGUACUCAAACAAAUAUACGAUGCUAAGCGCUUUCUAUACGAUUCACCUGCGCCCACCGCUCUACUUGCGCAACUGCCUGCCUAUUGAUAUAAUGGUAUCUGUGGCCGGAUGCUCUGUGAUGAAGGAGGGUCUGGAUAAACAAUCCUCCGUGCAAUUCAACAAGGAAAGCUCCAUUAGAGAGGACUUCCUGGACUACGGCGAGAAGGAAGUUAAGUCCGGUAAUGUCCUCCACCUGCCUACCGUUCGAUUGACCACCAAGGAAAUGGAAUCGAAGAGUUUUCUUGUCGUUAGGCUCCUUCAAUACUUGGAGAAGGACUGGUCCUGUGCCACCGAAAUUUCGGAUUACUCUGGCGACAUUGCCAUCUGGAAGUUUUCAUCUUACGAUUCGGAGAUGAAGGUGGACAUGGAUCUAUAUGUUAAGGCGGAAAACCGGCACGACAGCUUGAUGCUCACGCUAUACAGCCCCUUCUGGAUGAUCAAUAAGACGGGAAUGAUGCUGACGUACAAGACGGACUCGACCUCAAUGGACGUUCUGUACCAUCCGCCCGAAUAUUCCGGACCCAUUCUGUUGACCUUCCGUGAUAAGGUCUUCUUUGACAAGAAGAAGGCAUCCAUACGUUGCGACAACGGCACCUGGAGCCAGAAGAUCCCGCUGGAUAUAGCUGGGGCGAUCGGCGAGGUGUCUUGCCAAGCCAACAACAUGACUUACCACAUCGGCGUCCACAACCAUUUGACGCAGAACUCGUUGACCAAGCAGAUCACCUUUAUCCCAUUUUACAUCGUGUGCAACCGCUGUCGCUUCCCCAUUGAACUGCAGGAGCAGAGUCGCCCGGGGGAUCCCUGGCUGCUUCUCGAGACAAAUCAGUUCGAACCGCUUUGGCCGAAGACUGAGAGCAUGCACAACCUGGUGGUGCGAGUCAAAGGCAAGGUAACGCCGGCCUUCGACUACACGGAAGUUAUCUGCACGCUGCUCAAGCUGGAGGAUAGCAAAUACGGUGGCAUCAAUGUGGACGUUCAGACGACGGAGGGCGGUGUCUACAUCACGUUCACAGAAUACAAGACGGCCGAUGCCCCCGGCCUGCUGGUCAACCACACCAACAACCAGAUCAUGUACCAUGAGAAGGGGACGAAACAUGAACACAUCCUGAAUGCCAAAAGCGCCACCAUGUACGCCUGGGAUGACCCAACGGGACCCAAGGUGCUCGUGUUUGGCACCAACAAGCAGGAGACGGACCUCAAGCGCGAUAACAUCGGCGAAGUUCUGACAGAAAAUGGCCGUAAGGCACUAUGGGUAUCAUUCCUGGAUGGCCUGCAGCGGGUGCUGCUCUUCACCGAAAACGAAAAUAUCGCCCAUCGCACUGAGAGCACCGCUGCUCUGCAGUCUAUCACACAGAGCAUCGAUCUGCGCAUCCAUGGCAUCGGUUUAUCGGUAAUAAACAACGAGUCGGGUCUGGAUAUUCUCUAUCUGGGUAUCACCAGCUCUGGCAUCAUCUGGGAGUCUAAGAAACAAAACAAAAAGCGCUUCAAGGAGAUGACUAUCAACGAGAAUUCGGUCAUCGAGGCCGAGUACCAACGGUACCUCACGCACAAGAAAGUCAACAACGUCCAGACCUACACACUGGACAACAAGUUCCCGAUCGACUUUGAUCAUAUGGUUUUGAAAAAGUCGGUGAAUCGUGAUAUACGACGCAGCUUCUAUCCGGCUAUUUGGGUGUCCCGCAAGUCGUCGCCAUUCCAGAACCAGCUGCAUAUGAAAAUCAAUCGCAUCCAAGUGGACAAUCAGAUCAUGGAUCCCAUUUUCGCCAUUGUGUUGGCCCCGAUACCGCCGCCAAAGAGUGUUGCCAACACAACGGCCCUCAAGCCGUUCAUUGAGUGCAGCAUGGUCCAACGUAUUAUGCCCAACUCUUCGGUGCGACAGUUCAAAUACGCCAAGAUCCUGAUCCAGGAGUUCCUCUUUAAGGUGGAUCUGAACUUCCUUACGGCCAUCUCCGAUUUGUUUGCUAAGGAAGUCAGCGACGAGAUGGCGGCCAAACAGUUCAUUCAGGAUGUCAUCUCUAUCGAGCUGCCACUCUCCGCCUUCUUCGAGGAUCAUUCGUUGCAAGAGCAGAAGAGCUUUUACGACAAUCUGCAUUUGGGCCCGCUCAAGAUCCACGUUAGUUUCUCUUUGGGCGGCUCGGACACAAAGGCCCUGCCUGGCGUCAUCGGUUCAGUGGUGCAGGGUGUGGGCGUUACCCUGACCGAUGUCAACGAUGUGGUCUUCCGACUUGCCUUCUUCGAACGGGAAUACCAGUUCUUCACCCAGCAGCAGUUAAUCAACGAAAUCACAUCGCAUUACACGGGUCAGGCGUUGAAGCAGCUAUACGUGCUUGUCCUGGGCCUGGAUGUUCUGGGCAAUCCAUAUGGGCUAGUGGUGGGACUCAAGAAAGGUGUCGAGGACUUGUUUUACGAACCGUUCCAGGGUGCCAUCCAAGGACCAGGAGAGUUCGCCGAAGGCCUUGUUCUGGGCGUGAAGUCUCUCUUUGGGCACACUGUAGGCGGUGCUGCGGGAGCCAUGUCCAAAAUAACUGGAGCCAUGGGCAAGGGUCUGGCCGCUCUGACCUUCGACCAUGAAUACCAGAAAAAGAGGCGCCGAGGAAUACACAACAAACCAAGGAACUUCCACGAGGGACUAGCUCGCAGCAGCAAGGGUCUAGUGAUGGGAUUUGUGGAUGGUGUGACUGGCGUUGUAACCAAACCAGUAAGUGGAGCUCGCGAACAGGGCGUUGAAGGCUUCUUCAAGGGCCUGGGUAAGGGAGCAAUUGGCCUGGUAGCUCGCCCCACCGCUGGUAUGGUUGACUUCGCCAGUGGCAGCUUCGAUGCUGUGAAACGCGCGGCGGAGGCGGGUGAGGAUGUUAAGCGUAUGCGUCCGCCACGCUUCCAGCACUACGACUUUGUUCUAAGGCCGUACUGUUACAUGGAGGCUACGGGCAACAAAAUACUUAAGGAGACCGAUAAAAGUAAAUAUGCAACGACAGACAACUUUAUCCACUGCGAGGAGAUUAUCCCGAAGUCCGAGUACAUGAUAGUGACCAACUACCGCCUGCUGUACGUCCAGCGCAACGAUAUGUUCGGCAUCUGGACGUCUCUCUGGUCUUACCUGUGGAGUGAGAUUAACUAUGUAACCUCGGAGUCGCGGGGUGUACAGAUCACAGUUAAGACCGAGAACAAGAAGAUGCUCGGUCUCUUCAGCCCCAAGGAGUCGAACCGCAAGCUGAUCCUGCUGGCCGAUGAAAGGAAGCGUCUUGCCUUGGUGGACAUUAUCGAAUCUCAGCUCGCCGACCCCAAUCCCCACAGGGUCGUGACCUCCUAUCCGGGGAGUAAUCAAUAAUGGACUUGAAUUUAUUUUCCCAACUGUAUUAUAAUCCAAGCACACAUACCCAUGGCACCAGCAACGACAUGGAAAUCUACCUCGAGCCUGCAAGAUUCUGUCAGUCCAAGCACCUGCACCCGGCACCCUGCAACCCAUUGGUAAACGUGUCGUGCUUUUACAUAUGUUAACAACCAUUAUGUUUUGAUAUUACAAUUUUAUGUCAAAGUUGA